AUGCUCGCCGCGCGGCUGGUAGGCCAGUGCGAAGGUCGAUUUGCGGCUCGGGUGCUCGCGCGGGCAAGGUACGGAGAGGUCAAGGCUUGGCUGCGCCCCCAGGACAAAUGGAGGAAUUUAAGUUUCAGUGCAAGUGGACUGGGAUCAAGUAAAGUACGGGUUCCAAGGAUAACUGGACCCGCAUCUUCCUCAUUGUCUAGCUCACAGGCUCUGCUUCUCCCAGCGCCAAAUAAAGUUACUGAAGCUACACUGCCUUCAGAUGCUGAGAAAAAGCCACAGGAUGGGAAAACUCCGCCAAAGUAUGGUGCCAUGAUCAUGGAAGCUCUUUCGGAAUUGAAUGAUCCGAAUGGUUCGGAUAUUGCUGCAAUCUUCCGCUUCAUAGAGGAAAGGCAUGCAGUGCAACCCACCUUUAGAAGAUUUCUAACCGCAAAGUUACGGCGACUUGCAGACUCAAACAAAAUUGUAAAGAUCGAUAAGUCUUAUAGGCUCCCAGAUUCCUUUGCAACAAGGACUCCAGCUCCAAUAAAAGCUUCAGCUCCAAAACAGAAGGAUCCAUCAAAGCCAUCGAAGGUGUCGAAGACCAUAGGAUUGUUUACUGCCUCCAGCCCUGCACUAGAGGCAGCGAUGGCAGCUGCUGUCAAAGUGUCUGACGCGGAGGCAAAAGCACAUGAUGCACAUGAUCAGAUGAUGGAGGCAGAAAGGAUCCUCAAGAUGGCUGAGGAUACCGAGUCUCUCCUCACAAUUGCAGCAGAGAUCUAUGACCGAUGUUCAAGGGGAGAGAUAACCACAUUAGUUCCAGUGGCGCAAAGGGAUUUUUGA